AAAUACCAAAGAGGUCAGCACUAUUCUGAACGUAUGGUUCGCCACGUUGGAAGAAUUUGACGGGUGAUUGCUGCUUGUUUGACAUUAGGAAUUUAUUUCCUAUAAUAUACUUAAUUAUAAUUAAUUCGACAUAACAGGGUGAGGAAAUAUUAUUUAGAUAAAUUCUAUAUUUCCUAUUUCAUCUGAAAUUAACUGUAAAAUAUUAAUGUACACGUGUUACAAUUUGGUACUAUGUAGUAGAGCGCUGAACUUACGAAUUGAGUGUAAUGCAUUUACAGCAUUAUUAUUUAUUGUCGUUCGUAGUUCGUUCACGCAGCUUUGCCGAAAAUAAAAUCAUGCAAAAAUAUAUGAUUCUUCUUAAGUGAAUUUUCUUUGAAGUUUGCCAUUAAUGUUCUUUACAUAAAUUUAUUUACUAUAAUUCGGAUAAUUCUACAGUAGAAUAUAAUCAAGUAAAUGUGUACACACACAUUUUUGUUACGUUAUGUAUUAUUAUUAUUAUUACACUGUGUAUUAAUCUUUUAAUCUGAUAAAAAAGAUUUACUGAAAAAUUAGUAAAUAAUUUGUCUUUUAGAGAAUUGAAGAUGAAGAUAAAAGAGUUACUCAAGACUGUCAAUGUAGCAUGGUCACCACCGGCUCAGCAUCCCAUAUUAUUGGCUGCAGGAACUGCAGCCCAACAACUAGAUGCAAGUUUCAACACAUCUGCUAGUUUGGAUUUAUAUUCCUUAAAUUUACAACAACCAGGAUAUGAUCUGGAGCUUAAGACCACUAUUGCAAGUGACCAUAGGUUUCAUAAAAUAAUUUGGGGUUCAUAUGGUAAUAAUCCAGCUGGCAUAAUUGUUGGAGGCUGUGAUUAUGGAAUUAUAAAAAUUUAUUCAGCUGCUAAAAUGUUAGCCAAUGAUAAUAAUUAUUUGAUAAACAGACAUAAGGGUCCAGUUAGAGCACUUGAUUUUAAUCCUUUUCAAGCAAAUUUAUUAGCAACUGGUGCAACAGAAAAUGAAAUUUAUAUAUGGGAUAUUGUUAAUACAAAUUCUCCAAUGACUCCUGGAGCCAGAAGUCAACCUCUAGAGGAUGUGCAGUAUAUUGCUUGGAAUAAGCAAGGUAAGAUGGAAAGUAGUUCAAUGGCAUCCAGAUGUUGCAACACAGUUGUGCUUAGCAUCAGAAGAAGAUCAAGCUCCGAUAAUUGAAUUAUGGGAUUUGAGGUUUGCAACAUCACCUUUGAAAACGCUUCAAAAUCAUCAACGUGGUGUUCUAUCAAUUGCAUGGAACCUGCAUGAUUCAGACUUACUUUUAAGUUGUGCCAAAGAUAAUAGAAUAUUGUGUUGGAAUCCUAACUCAGAUGCAGCAAAUGGUGAAGUAAUUUGUGAGUUAGCACAAACAAAUCAAUGGAAUUUUGAUGUAUCAUGGUGUCCAAGAAAUCCUGGAUUAGUUGUGGGAACUAGUUUUGAUGGACAUGCAACAGUUUACUCUUUAUUGGGAGGACAACAACAAAUGUCUAUAGAAACGUCUGACAAGAUUGUAGAUUCCUUCCCUGGAAUGGAUCCUUUUACACAUGCGCCACCUCCAAUACAAACAGAACCAGCAGUUGUUUUGACAAAAGCUCCAAAAUGGUUAAAAAGACCGUUUGGAGCGUUCUUUGCUGUAAUUCGGUGGUAAAUUGGUAAUAUUUGAAAAUGGACCUAUAGAUCCUAAUCUUCCUCCAAAUUCAAAUAGAAAAGUGAUCAUCUCACAAGUAGUCACACAACCUGAGUUAAUUCAACGUUCAAAUGAGUUGGAGGAAGUUCUUAAAAGCGAGCAAUAUAAUGAUUACUGCAAAGGAAAAGCUGAUAAUACUACUGAUAUAUAUAGAAAAAAAAUAUGGAAUUGUGUGGGUGCAUAUUUUGGUGAAAAUGUAACAAAAGAUAUAUUGAAUUUACUUGGUUAUAAUAUAGAAACAAUGAAUAAUAAAUUAAAUCAAUUUGUUCCACAAGAAGAUAUUGAUAAUAUUACAGAAGGAGUUGGUAAUUUGAAUAAUGUACUUAAUGGAAACGUUAUUGAUGGAAGCAUGGCAUUUGAUGCUAUUGCACAAGAAUCUAAGAAAGCAUCAAUGGCUACUUUGAAAAAUAAAAACAUGCAGAUAAAUGUGUCAGAUGAUGAGGAUGGGCUUAUAACGCAAGCAAUCCUCUUAGGAAAUAUAGAAGCUGCUGUGUCAUUAUGCUUUGCAAAUAAAAGGUACGCAGAUGCAGUCAUUCUUUCGAUGGCUGCUGGACCUGAUUUAUUAGCACGUACCCAGUACAGAUACUUUUCAGAACAUUCUGGAGCUCUCAAUUCUCUUAUCAAUUCAUUAGUUAGUGAAAAUUGGGCUGAUGUUGUUAACAAUGCUGACAUAAAUUGUUGGAAAGAAGUGCUAAUUGGAAUAUUUACUCAUACCAAUUCACAAGAACGAUCUGCUUUAUGCGAUAUGCUUGGAGAUCGUUUGGCAUUAUCUGACAAUAUAAUGCUCAAAGAACAAGCUCAAAUUUGCUACGUUUGUUCUGGUAAUUUGAAUAAAAUGGUUGAAUCUUCUAAUAUAGAAAUUCAAGAGGUAGUAGAACUAGUAGUUAUAAUGCAAAAAGCAUUAGAAAUGCAAGGUAUCAAAAACGUACAAAUAGAAGGAAAAAUUGCCAACGUUUUAUCUUGCUAUGCAGAAAUGUUAGCUGCUGAAGGAGAUCUGGAUGCUGCACUAAAUUAUCUCGGAAAUAGUCAAAAUGAAAAAGUCAUGAUGUUAAAAGAUCGUCUGAUGCGAGCCUUAGGUUAUAUCGAAGAAUCAAAAGUUGUGCCAAAAGGACCAGCAAUGCAAACUUAUUACGAUAAAACAAGACGACCUGGCGUACAAGGUGUACAAAAUCCAAUAUCUGCUGGAUCAGCAAGACCUUUCUUCGAUACGAAUAUUGCCCCCAUGAAACAAUCUUUUAUAUCUUCUUCAAAUCAAUUUAAUACUCAACAGCAACCAUAUGGAAUGUCUCCACUUCAGCCACAUGUACAACCAGUGCAACCAAUGCAAUCUAUACAAUCUAUGCAAUCUAUGCAACCUAUGCAAUCUAUUCAACCUAUUCAACCUAUUCAACCUAUUCAAUCUAUGCCACCUAUGCCAUAUGAACAAACAUCUCACUCUUACACUUCAACAUCUGUUGCUCAACCACCACCGCCGCCACCACCUCCUUCAAGUGCUUCGAGCGGAAUUGGAUCUCGACCACCUAGUGCUGGACCUCCAACAAGAUCAAAAUACAUAAUAGAUCCGUCUGUAAAGUCUACUUCAACAUAUGGGCAAGCUGGAUUUUCUCAACAAGCAUCGCUGUAUAAUAAUCAACAAAUACCUCCAGUGCCAGGCUAUUCUCAGAAUAUGUAUCAACCGCAAGUUCCUAUAUCUACAAACGCAUACCCUGGACAAAAUCUUGUACCUAAUAUCAAAGAAGCGGAAACUUUUAAACCAGUUCAACUUAGUGUAUUAUCAUCAUUACAAAAUACAUCACAAAGUCAAAUGCAUGAACCAAUUAGAAUGCAACCACUUCCGCAGACUCAAAUGUAUGGAAGCGAAAAUCAACCAAUGGAUCGCGCAAACAUUUAUCAAGCAUCGCUACAACCUGCAGGUUGGAAUGAUCCACCAGCUGCAAAGCCAUCUAGAAUACAGAUUUUGCAACAAGAAAAAUUUUAUCCGGAUAUGCAAGCAUCUUAUAACCCACAACAAUAUAAUCAGAAUGUACCAAAUGUAGCUGCUCAAUAUGCCAAACCAAUGGAAUCUACACCACCAAUUGCCAGAACACCUGAACUAGAGAAACCAAAACCACCGAUUCCGGAACAACAUAUGCAUUUAAAAACAGUAUUCGAUGAACUAAAAAAUCAAUGCUUUGAAAACGCCAAAAAUCCACUAUCACAAAACACUUUACAAGGAUUACAUCAAAUAUCACAGAUGAUUCAGAGUGGAAAUUAUACUGGAGGAUUAGACCUUCACACACAAUUAGUUUCAGGUCCAGAUUUUAGUCAAAUAUCUUCUUUUAUGCCUGGUAUCAAAGUAUUACUGCUAAGUGCCCUUCAAUUGAAUGUCUAUAUUAGA